UUAUGCGGACCAAGAAAAUUCUUUUCGUAGCCAUAUAACCUUCCCCCGGAUCGGCGGACUCUAAACUCGAAGUCUUCACCUCCCUCUCUCUCUUUCUCUCCCGCUUCGUCUCCGGCCCCGACGACCGGAGAGAUCACCCAAUAAUCGACCCCCAUUUCCGUCAAUCCUCGCCGCCGAAACCAUUCUAACUCACUCUCCGCCGUUUACCUUUCCAUUACGGCUUCUUCAUUUCUAGAUCGAAGAAAAACCGUUUUCUUUGCAUUCCAUGUGGCGGCUCUGAAUCGGAGGGUUAGGGUUUGCGUGGCAUGAUGGCUCGGACCAGAUCGUCGUCUACACGACUGAGGUACUGUAAUCCGGCGUAUUACCUGAAGAGGCCGAAGCGCUUGGCUUUGCUUUUCAUAGCGUUUGUUUGCGCCACUUUGAUCGUCUGGGACCGUCAGAGUCUCGUCAGAGAGCACGAGGAAGAACUAUCUAAGUUGAAUGAAGAAUUGAACCGUGUGAAAAAUUUGCUUGAAGAUUUGCCGAUCGGCAGGGAUAGUAAGAUAGAGGUUGUUCCAGAUGAUCCAAUUGACAUUGAAAGGAGAGAAAAGGUGAAAGAAGCUAUGAUUCACGCUUGGAGUUCAUAUGAGAAAUAUGCAUGGGGCCAAGAUGAGCUUCAGCCGCAAUCAAAGAAUGGUGUCAAUAGCUUUGGUGGUCUUGGUGCAACACUAGUAGACUCUCUUGACACGCUUUACAUAAUGGGUCUUCAUGAGCAGUUUCAGAAAGCUAGAGAGUGGGUUGCAACCUCAUUGGAUUUUAACAAGGACUAUGAGGCUAGUGUAUUUGAGACAACCAUAAGAGUUGUAGGUGGACUUCUCAGUACGUAUGAUCUCUCAGAAGAUAAACUUUUCCUUGAUAAGGCUAUAGAGAUUGCAGAUAGAUUGCUGCCUGCAUGGAAUACACCUAGUGGGAUCCCUUACAACAUUAUCAACUUGGCACAUGGAAACGCACACAAUCCUUCAUGGACUGGAGGGGAAAGUAUCUUAGCAGAUUCUGGGACGGAGCAGGUGGAGUUUAUUGCUCUUUCUCAGAGGACGGGAGACCCAAAGUAUCAGCGAAAGGCUGAGAAUGUUAUAGCGCAGCUUAACAAAACUUUCCCUGAUGACGGUUUGCUUCCUAUUUAUAUUGACCCUGACAGAGGAACACCAGGAUACGCAACCAUUACCUUUGGUGCCAUGGGUGACAGCUUCUAUGAAUAUUUACUCAAAGUUUGGAUACAGGGGAAUAAAACUUCAGCAGUGAAGCCUUAUAGAGAUAUGUGGGAGAAAUCAAUGAUAGGUCUGUUGAGCUUGAUCAGGAGAACAACGCCAUCGUCUUUUGCAUAUAUAUGCGAGAAGAAUGGAAAUUCUCUCACAAACAAGAUGGACGAAUUAGCAUGCUUUGCUCCAGGAAUGCUGGCUUUAGGAUCAUCUGGUUAUGGUCCUGAUGAAUCUAAGAAAUUCUUAUCACUUGCAGAGGAGCUUGCUUGGACAUGCUAUAAUUUUUACCAGUCAACACCAACAAAAUUAGCUGGGGAGAACUAUUUCUUUAAUGCAGGGCAGGACUUGAGUGUGGGUACGUCAUGGAAUAUAUUAAGACCGGAGACAGUUGAAUCACUCUUUUAUCUAUGGCGUUUGACUGGAAACAAGACAUACAAAGAGUGGGCCUGGAAUAUUUUUCAAGCAUUUGAAAAGAACUCCCGUAUAGACUCGGGAUAUGUUGGACUGAAAGAUGUUAACACUGGUGUGAAAGACAAUAUGAUGCAAAGCUUCUUUCUUGCGGAGACUCUCAAAUAUCUCUAUCUUCUCUUUUCACCCCCUUCAGUUAUUUCCCUAGAUGAAUGGGUUUUCAACACGGAGGCUCACCCACUGAAAAUUGUGACCAGGCAUGAUGGAAAAAGUUCUGGAAUUACAAAUGGUGAUAGACCAAAGAUUAGAUUGCGUGGCAGGAAGGAAGGUCGACCAUGAGAUUAACACGGUUUUGUUGCAACCUAGUGUAAUUCUAUGUCACAGUAUUUGAAGGGCAAGAGGGUAAGAUAUAUUAGUCCUACAGACGAUGUCAGUUUUUGUACAAGUAAAUGAUAUACGGCGCAUCAAAUUUCACCUGGUGGUGGAAGUUGUACUCAUAUGGGUGCCCUUCUUUCAUAUAGAUUAAUGGAUUUGUAACAUAGGAUAUAUAGUCAUUAUCUCUCAUAGGAAAAUGGAUGUUUCAUUUUAGUUUGUUUUGGAUUUAAUCUCAACUGAAUAAAUGGCCCGGAUGGGCGAAACUUAUAAUUUAUCAGAAUUAGUGAUGUUAAAAGUA